CUCACUACAACAUCUAGUUAGCUAUCUCAAGAUAUUUACUGGUAAACGAUCGUCUGGCCUAGAUUACCGACCUCGUCGGACUAUUGUUUUAAGUGGCGGGAGCAUCGGAUUCGUUGCUAAAACAAUGCGCAGCCGAUCUGCGAGGCGCAGCCUCUUUGUUUCUGGGUGUACCAGCCUAUUCGUAGUCGCCUACCACCUCUUCCUCCUUGCAUACUCCGUACUCUUGAUCAACCUCAAUCAUCUUCGACCAAGGUCUUCUCGGAAUCGAUGAAGGGAACAGACAUAUCCCACGACUCUCAGGGCGCCUUCACAGUCUGUACUACCUGAUCAAGCGAUCCAACCGCCUUCCGCAAGCCGAACUGGAACCUGGCGUCACCGACAUCCACGCCCUGACUAUCAUUGACCUCAUAGCCCUUUCUCUCAACUUCCAUCCUUUCUGAUUCUUUUCCUCCUCUUCAACAUGCUUGAAAUAUCGAGAAAAAAGUCACUGGCAUGGCUGAAUAGUCAAUACAUUUAUGGAAGGAUUGUGAGACGCUCCUUCCUCGCAAACUCCGGCUCGUCAAUUUUGUUCUUUGGGUACAGAUACUAAUCGUUUCUUCUCGCAGCCUUUGCUCCAUACAAUAAUCCUCCUUAUUGAAUUAGCCAUGGCCGCCCGAAUGAUCGCCAAAUUCAACUCCUACUAUGCUCAGAAGCCGGUUCUAACUACGAUGAUAACGAAUGCCAUCCUUGGUGGCAUCGCAGACACAACUGCCCAGGCAAUAACAGCAUUUCGAACGAGACAGGCCCUCCUACCUACGAGCGAUCCGAGAACCUUCAUUUCCUCUGGCGUUGAAUUAGAAGACCUCAAUGAAAAGCCUGCAAGAUUAUCGCCAGAACUAUCACCUCGCCAUACCGGUCCGCAACCUUUUGACUUUGAGCGGUUGACAAGAUUCAUGUCUUAUGGCUUCAUCAUGUCGCCUCUGCAAUUCCUGUGGUUUGGACGACUUACAAAAUGGUUUCCUAUAACACCGAAGAGUGGGACGGUGCCUGCGCUGAAGCGGAUGGCCAUGGAUCAACUCAUCUUUGCUCCCUUCGGUCUGUCCUGCUUCUUCACAUUUAUGACGGUGGCUGAAGGUGGAGGAAAGAAGGACAUAGCCAGGAAAUUUCGUGAUGUCUAUCUUCCGACUUUGAGAGCAAACUGGAUUCUCUGGCCUGUGGUGCAGCUCAUCAACUUCCGGCUGAUGCCUUUGCAAUUUCAAAUUCCUUUCGUGAGUACGAUUGGAAUUGCUUGGACAGCCUAUCUGAGUUUGACAAACUCGAGCGAGGAUGAAGCUCUUCAACAACAAUAAAUAUCAGUGGCGUUGCUUCCGGAGUUUUCUCACUUGAAUAUUAGCAUUGUUAACGCUGGAGGUGCAUUCUAGCGAUCGCGCGGGCGUCUCAGGUUGGAUCACGUCGAUUUAUAUGAUACCACAAUAUAUCUUUAUUGGCAUGCUUUGUCAUUGAUUAACACCCUUUCGCUAAAGAAUUGAUAUCUGCCG